GAUAUGUUCCCAGAGAGCGGCGUGGUUCCCGGGGGUGCGCAGCCCCUGAAGGACUGGCACAACCUGACGCAGGAGCGCCUGGACCGGCUUCGGAGUGGUCCCGGCGAGCACGGGGCGCCGCACCACCUCACCGCCGGACGCGAGAAGGAGAGGGACGCCCUCUUCGAGACCAACGGCUUCAACGCCCUCCUCAGCGACGACCUCGCCCUUGACCGAUCACUCAAGGACAUCAGGCACCCCAAGUGCCAGGAGAAGCGCUACGCCGCGGCCCUGCCGACGGUGAGCGUGGUGAUCCCGUUCUUCGAGGAGCACUGGACGACGCUGCUGCGGACGGUCGUGUCGGUGGCCAAUCGCUCACCCAAGCACCUGCUCAAGCAGAUCAUCCUCGUCGACGACGGCAGCACCAUGAAAGCGUUCCUGAAGGAGCCACUAGAAACGUGGCUGGCGGAGCACGUGCCGAUCGCGCAGGUGGUGCGCCUCCCGGAGCGCCGCGGCCUCAUCACAGCGCGGCAGGAGGGCGCCAAGAAGGUCACGGCCGAUGUCAUCGUCGUCCUGGACUCCCACUGUGAGGUCAUGAUCAACUGGCUUCCGCCCCUGCUUGACCCCAUCGUCAGGAACCCCCGCACGGCCGUGUGCCCCUUGAUCGACGUCAUCAACAAGGACACGUUCGCGUACUCGCCGCAGGACAACGGCGGCCGCGGCGCCUUCGACUGGAGGCUCUACUACAAGCGCCUGCCGCUCCCGCCCGAGGACGAGGCGCGGCUGCCCGAGCCCUUCGAGAACCCAGUCAUGAACGGCGGCCUGUUCGCCAUCAGCCGAAAGUUCUUCUGGGAGCUGGGCGGCUACGACCCCGGCCUCGCCAUCUGGGGCGGCGAGCAGUACGACCUCUCCUUCAAGGUCGGUCACGACGCACACACGCACACGCAAAGAGAGAGAGAGAGAGAGAGAGAGAGAGAGAGAGAGGAGAGAGAGAGAAGAGAGAGCGGUAUGGCGUGUUGCUUUGGCACAAAUGAUGGUAUGAAGGAACAGAUUGAGAAUGUAUUAUAUGUCAAAUGGAACUUGUCAAGGUUAAGAGGAAAGGAUCGAUUGCUUUAUGCUCAAGGAUAUAACAGAAAGAUACUGCAAGAAUGGGGUGACUGCCUGGAUCCCGUCUCACAUUUCUUUACUUUGUUCGUCGUAAUGUUUAUUGAUUCAGUAUUUUUUGGAAUCCGAUAUUUUGGUCCACCUGAUAGAGCUCGCACGGAGCCCGAAACUCUAGCUAGAUCAGAAUACAUUAAGGCCAUUUUCUGGUCAAAGAUUGAACGUUCCGAUUAUUGGCCCAUCCCGCUUCCGGUGCCGUAUUUGCAGGGUUCUGAACGCAAACGGAUUUAUAUUUCUGCGUUAAUUGACUCGAAUUCUGAUCUGCAGGUCAUUUUUGCUGCUCUAAGGAACACGCCCAUCCAGUUCCCUCCCUGCAACGCACUCCUCGCACACUCUCCUGCAGGUGAUCAGCACGGAGUGUCAGACAAGCGCAGACAACAGUUCAGUUUGCUUGCCUCAGUCGCACUUGAUGCAAAUGAGGCAUAUGGUGGGGAGGGUGUUGGACUAUCAUGCAACUGCAUCAAGCAGGCUAAGGUUGAACUGAUAUGUGGCAAACCGAACGCCAUCGCGGCGGAAAUUUCAUCCGAUGUCUCUUCAGCUGGAUCUCCCAGCUGGGCCUCGCCACAGGCAGAGCCAUAG